CCAUCAAUAACGAUACUAUCUAAUUGAACGUGCCCUUAGAAAAUCUGCUCGCUGCUUUUGACUCGCACAGUGGAGUGGAGGAGAGGAAUAUCACAUUCAUACCUCCGUCCCUUGAGAUCAAAUGUAUUGCCCUUGAUUAACUUCUAUCAGUGUGCAGAAGGGAGGAGGCUAAGAAGAGAGGCGGUUUCAUUCGUAUACCAGGAGUCCGCCCAGCGAAACCUUUUCAACACGAGUUGUAUUCCACAAUAGAGAGUUGUGGAGAGUUCAGAAUGGGACUUAUUAUUCAAGUGCUAGCAGUGGUCUUAUUAAGUGCUGGACUGGCUUUUUCCUCGAUCCCAACUACCUGCUUUACAAUCAGGGAUAACGUGGUCGACUAUGCGUUUCACUUCCGAUGUAACGCAUCCGACGGUUCCUAUCUGAUUUCCGACAGUAAAUGGAAAGCCAAAACGGCUGGUUCAGCUAGAUCAACGUGUACAUCGCAAACGUAUGAGCUGCCUUCCGAAUCCAUGGUGACGAAGCAGUGCUUCACUGACUACGUUGAACAUAUAAGGUCGUCUACUGGAUCAAGUGUGACGCUUUGGGUGACAUCGGCUUGCAAUACAGGCAUCACAUGCUUUCCUGCACAGUCUCCAUGCCCAGCAACAGCUACUAUAAUAUGCCACAACCGCCUGCCUACUGUAGCAAACAACACACCAUGCGCCGCAGACAGGUUCAUCCCCCACGGUCCUGUAUCCUACCCGAGUGGUCUUCGCUUUCCCAGCCUGGCCGUCUACAGAUGCAACCCAGGCUACGGUAUCAAGGGGAGCAACUAUGCCGAGUGUAAACCGGACGGUGGCUGGUGUGAGAGAGCAAGGUCCUGCACUGCCUACACGUGUCCUCCGGCUACACUGCAGAAUGGAUUGCUCGUUGGACCGGGGCCACUUUAUACCAGCACAUGCAACCCUGGUUUUGAACUAGUGGGACAAUCGAAUGUGACAUGCUUGAGCGACAGCACAGCAACGGCUCUUCCUUCCUGUAAACCACAUGUAUGCACCUCAAUUCGGCUCAUUCCCAAUGGCAAUGUGAUGACAAACAGCUACCUCACGAACGGCACAGCACACCUCAAGUGUCAAUCCAGGUACUAUGCUGACGGCUCGGCCAUGACGACUUGUCUCAGCAAUGGAUCAUGGGCACCAACACUUGGCACCUGCAAAUUGUUGACCUGUUCCGAGCCCAACGUUAGCAAGUCGUUGGUACUCCACGGGAAUCGUCCAUACCUUCCAGGCACAAGCCUUUACGUGAACUGUGUGGCUGGUUACACGGGUGGUGGAUACAUCUCGUGCACAGCUAAUGCCACCUGGACGCAUUUCGCGUGCUUGCGAAUCUCAUGCUCUCCCUUGAAGAGCCCAGAGAACGGUGUGCUACUUGUGAACGACAAUGCCGCCCCCACUCUUGCAGUCGUGGCUUGUAAAGAUGGCUACGUGCUCAGCGGAUCUGCCAAACGUAUACUGGACUGUCUGCCAACAGGCAACUGGUCUGCCGAAAUUCCUACUUGCAGCCGAAAAUCAGACACAGGCAAGCAAUGACAUUAUAGUAUUACAUACAAGUACUUGUAAAUGGAAACAUUUCUGUGGAUUGAGAUUCAACAACUUGACCAU